AUGGAUCGCAGCAUCGAGAGCACGAACGAGGGUGGCAGUUCACCAGACACGUUGAUCGCUCGCUCCUCGUCGGAGGAGGAGAAACGAAAGUCAGUCGUGGCCAGCAUCUCCGGGGAAUACGUCACCGCAUUAGGCGACAGCAGUUCCAGCCUCGACACCCUGACCGGCGGCAGCGUCGCGGCCCUCUCCUCCAGCGUCAACGCGGACGAUCGAAAGAGGGGUAAAUUCGGCGCGUUCAAGAGCAGCUUCCGCGAGGGCAGUUUAUUCAAGAUCAAAAAGAAGUCACGCGGGACCGGUCUUUCCCUUGAAGCGGAACAAGAUGACAAAGAGAUACCUCAGCAGCAACGGUUCGAGAACGAGAAGGACUCGAAUUUGGUAUCUGAAGUGCUUCUCAACGCAAAUCUGAAGAAGAAAAAGAAGAAGUCGCACUCGCUGGUGCGCAAGCUGAGCCUGAAUAAAUUUCGCAUUUCCUCGGAACAACAAGAGCUGCGACAUACCCCGGAGGGUGGUAACAGCAGCCAAUCGCAGAGUCGGUCCUCGCAAGAGUCGCCUAUUCAUACAUCCAGCUCGACUGGACAUAUCGCGAAGAAGGAGAACGACGACGCUCUGGAGGGGGAAAAGGGGGCGAAGGAGGAGUUUAAGAAACCAGAAAAGUUGCUCGAGAAACCAACGAAGACCGUCAUAGUGCAACGCAAAUCACCGUCUCUGACUAUCAAGGCCUUUGCCGUUCAGCAGGGUGAGCCUUCUGUGGAUGUUAUGGAUCGCGAAUAUGAAACUUACUCUGAACGACAUUCGCAACAGGAGAAUCAAGAGAACACCUCGCGUUCCGACGUGCGAUGCAGCUCGACACUUCCGUAUGCGUUAUCGAGAUGGCCGGAACGUAACGAGACGAAGUUUACCCAUCCUGAGGAUCCAACGGCCAGAAAAAGCAAAGCGAAGUACGAUUCGGACUCCUCGGAAUGUAUACCGUCGACGUCGUCGCCCGUUGAGGUCCGCCGCAAAUUAUCGUUGCUGGAAGAGAAACGGGCGAUAUUUCAGCGACGCUUCUUCGAUUCGGAAUCCAAGUCGGACGCGACGGUGAUCGACGUCAACACUCAGAACGAACUUUCGAGCGACGAGUUCCUCAAGCAGCGGGAGGAGGAAGGGAGGAAGAAGGUACGACACAUCAGCGUGAGGACCUUCGACACGUUCUCCAUUUUCGGUAACACCCUCGACGAGGAGGAUCUCUCGGAGGAUUGCAACGGCGAGGGCAGCAGUUAUCGCAAAUUUUACGCCAACAUGGCUCCCAUCCUGGGAGUCGUGGACCACCCUGAGUCGUCGUCGAAUAACGCACCGAAUCUCGGAGUAAACGAGAAACGGGAGCACUUGUACAAAAUAUUGGUAAUCGGCGAGCUCGGGGCGGGGAAAACGUCUAUCAUCAAGCGAUACGUGCACCAAUUCUUCUCUCAACACUAUCGCGCAACGAUUGGCGUCGACUUCGCACUCAAAGUGCUAAACUGGGAUCCGCACACCAUCAUCAGACUGCAACUAUGGGAUAUCGCAGGUCAAGAGAGAUUUGGAAAUAUGACCAGAGUUUACUACAAGGAAGCCGUAGGCGCUUUCAUAGUGUUCGACGUGACGAGAAGUGCAACACUCGACGCAGUGGUGAAAUGGAAACAGGACCUGGAUUCAAAGGUGCAGCUUCCUGACGGAUCGCCGAUACCAUGCGUUCUGUUGGCAAACAAAUGCGAUCAGCAAAAAGAAGGUCUGGUUAACUCGCCCACCAAAAUGGACGACUACUGUAAAGAGAAGAACUUUUCCGGCUGGUUCGAAACUUCGGCCAAGGAAAACAUUAACAUUGAAGAAGCAGCCAGAUUUCUUGUCAACAAAAUACUUCAAAAUGAUCAGGUUAUAAGAGACAAUGGUAUUCAAGAUCAGAUGGAUAACGACAGAUUCGCGUUGAAUCAAUCACCAACAGGUUCCAAAAAAUCCUGUAGCUGCUGACGAAUAAGCAAAUUGUCGAAUGCAAGUUCGAAUUCUCGAUCACCGUUUUCAAUUCGUCAAUUGCAAUGUGUCUUUGUGAAUGCCAUGUGAGAAUCAUAAUUUUUUACGCCUUGCCAUUCUCUAUAACAGGAAGCAUCUAUUUGUUCUUGAGCGAGAAACAGUUUUAUAUGGACAUGAUUAAUCUGCCAAUCCGUUUACUAUUUCCAGUGAUAUUUUAAGUAGUUUUAAUGUACAGCAUAAAAAAGCCAUAAUUUAAGAAUAAUAACCAGAAACUUCUUAAUAUUUAUGUAAGCAAUGCUUUGAGAUGCAUAAUUGAUAACGACUUUGACAAUAUUAUUGAUGUGCAAUCUUUUU